CGUGCGCGGACGUACGUACGUAAGCGUGACGUCUUCAAAGAGCUAUCGCAUUACUUUGUUGCGUCAUCAGGAAAAAGACCUCAGUCUGUUAAGGUCGUUGUACGAAAUGGAUUACAUCGCAGCUCUCUACAGGAACCGCUUACCACUGCUUAAGUCAUCAGGUAAAACGCCUCGUGAGCUGAAUCUUACAGAGUUGAAGUUUAAAUUAGACCAGACUAAGGCCAACGAGAUGUUACUCUUAGCCAAAGUCAAUGAACUGACAUCAGAAGUUAAGAAUUUACAAGAAGUUUUCUCUGAAAAAGAAACUGGGUGGAAAAACCAGUUGGACGAUUUAACAAAGAAAAAUACCAGAUUUCAAAGGGAAGUAAGAAAGCAGACAAGUCAGCGGUCUAAUGCAAUGCUUCGGCUGACAGAGAGUACGGCAAAACUAGAAGAAACCGAGAAAUGCCUGGAGUCCUUGAAGAAGGAAUACAAACAUGUCAAACAAAGGCUUGAAAAAGACUUGGAAAAGCAAACGUCAAUCCAAAAGUCCAUUGAGGAAAAACUAAACAAUUCAGUGCAAACAAACACUGAAUUAAAAUUACAAAACGAAGAGUUUUCUAAAGAAAAUGAAAAACUUCAAGCUUUAAAUGAGUCGUUAUCAAAAGAAAAUGAUACAUUGAAACGUUCACUGGAUGACGAAAUAAUUAGAAGAACAGACUUGAAAAAGAAAUUUGAAAACUUAAAAGCUGAACAUGAAGAAGUGGAAACGACCAUCAGGACAAAGGUUGAAGUUCCGUUAAAAAAUAAGAUUAAAGAAUUAAUGGGCCACAUCGACCAACUGAAAGCUGAUGCUAAAAAAAAGUCUACAUAUGUAACACGUUUAGAAGCAGAUAAGAAAACGUUACUAUCAAUAAAGACACAGCUGAAAAAGAAAAAUGAUGAGUGGCCAGAGAAAUACUUUGAAAUUACUCAGGAAAAGGAAAAGCUUGCUAAAGAAUUAGAAUACACACGCAUUCUUCUUGACAAAAAUGCCAAAGAUAUCCAAAAUCUAAAUUUUAAAUUACGCAAUGCUGUCAGUAAACGAUGUGAUGUUGAACGAGAGAAAAAGGAACAAAUUGAACUGAAGGAUAGCAAAAUAAAGAAAUGGAAGACGAGAGCAAAACUCCAACUAAAUGAAACCGCACUUUCUGAAAGUCUAAAAACUGAAUAUGGAAAUAAUCUGUUUAAAGCUCAGGAUCAAAUUCACUGUUUGGAACAGAAGAUUAGUGUACUUACAGAUGCCAACGCACUGCUUUCAACAGAGAAAGAGUCUUUAGUCAAGGCGACAUCGUCCCUGUCUUGCCAGCUGAAGGAAGUUAAGAUGCAGUUAGAAAACACAGAGCAGCAACUGUCGUCAGCUCGGAAUAAAGAUGCCCAACAGUCAAGCAUCUUAGCAACUAAAGAAAUGGAGAAUGAGCAAAUUACCAAGGAGCUUGAAAUAACAGCGACAGAACUACAGAACGCAAAAGACGAAAUUAGCGAUUUAACAAAGAAAACUCAGGAACUUGAAUCUGAAAUCAAACUGUUACCCAGAGAGAAAAUGGAAGUUCAGGGAAAACUUGACCAGCUAGCUGAAGAAUUCUCUAAAAAUGGCUUGAAAUCAGUAGCAAUGCACGUGAAAACGCUGCUAAAUGGUAUGAAUGAAAAAGGCAAGAAUAAAUAUACUGUUGGUCGUUUAAACCUGGAGUUAGAAAGCAAGAAUUUUAUGAAAAAGAUCACGGAACAGAAGGCAGAAAUUGAGGAACUGAGAGGCAAAUUGCAUAAAGCUAUGGCUGCUCAGAGUAGAAAUCUGUUGGCUAAGAGGAGAAUCAUUGAUCUCAACAGGUCCUCAUCUUCACAUGAGGUAGUUAUUAAACUGAAUAAUGACAAGUCAUUUACAGGUCAGAGGACAAAUAUGGUUCAAUUGAAGAAGCCCUGCGUGUUUCCAUCUAUUGGUGUAGAGGGCAGAACCGUCUGUGGAGCAAACUUAGACGAUGGUUUCUGGAUGGGAGUUACUGAGGAUGCACAGUACCCCCUCCCUCCUCCUUAGAGCACUCAAAGACACAGAAAAGAUUGUGGAUGCAUGAUGGAAAGAUUGACACUUUAGUCUUGCAGUGAGGUUCCUAGUUCAAAUCCUGGCAGGAACCUUGCUUGGUAGCAUCUUGUCCUUCAAGUAUGCGUGGGUUUACUCCAGGCGCUCUGGUUUAAACAGAGCAUCAGUCUUCAACAAACUAACUUCUAUAGCGCCUCUCAAGAUAAAAAUCACGAGGCGCUUCACAAAAACAAAAAAUGUAAAAAUAUAAAAAAGCAUUUAGAAAGUGUUUAAAAAUAUAUUUAAAAUGGGCAAAAAUAGGUAAUUGGGAUUUAAAUGACUCGCCAUCUCCCCCACCUGGAAGCAAGCUCAGAGAUGGUUUGUUGCAGAAGAACAUUCACCCCGGCUCAUGACAUCCGCGGACGUUAAUGUGGUUCGAAUGGCAGCAUGCACACCCAAAAAUUAUACAUCAAAACAAGCAGCUCGUCGGUGGGAGGUAGGCUGUAACUUUUGUACACAAUUUGAUUUACCACGGCAAAGUUAUUAGCAAAAAACUUCGGAAAAUGUCUGAAAUUUGGGCAGAUUGAGUUAUCCUUUCAAACGUUGAGUGUGUGGCUUUUUUAGAUUUGCGUUAGCACUGUCUUGUGCCAGGUGGCAGGACCCUUUUUAUUAUGUUUUCAGGAAUUGUCUAGUUUUUCUUAUGCAGCUCGAACGACAGCAUGCACCCCUAAAAUUACACAUUAAAACAGCCCGCUCAGCCGUGGGAGGUGUGGCAUAUUAUUAUGGGUAGAUUACCCAAGCUGGACCUGUUUAGACUUAAGAAAAUCACUUUUUUCACUUUCUUCCUCAUCGUAUUGAAAAUGAAUCCAAAUUCAAUUCAAUUCAAAGAUACUUUAUUAAUCCCAGAGGGAAAUUAGAGUUUCAGUACACACAAUCUGAGGUCAAACAUACAUACAUAGGCAUAGAUACAUGACAAGAAUUGGUGACUGUGGUCAUUUGCAACCCGAGUCGCGCUACCCUAAUAGAGAUCAGAGGGGUUUCUAUAUGAGGAUUGAGACAGGUGGAGGAAAAAAAGGCACGUCAGAGUUACCCUCCACAGGGAGGGCAGCUUUGCUAUGCAAAAAACACCUCAGACAGAAAUGCAACAGACUUCAGACAUUACACAACAUAAGUGUCCAACAUAAGUGUUACGCAUCAUAACAAAUGCUCAAAAAGUGAAAGAAUAGCAGUAAAAUCCUCUAAGCUUCACAGCACCAGAAACAGAAAAGCAAAAAGUCCAAAAAAUACCGUUUUUCUUGAGAAACUAGAAGAAAAAAUGUCCAAAAAAAGGCAAAACUUACAUAUAGUCAGCAGAGCUACUCCAACAUGCAGCCACCCAGAGCAGCGCAGUUCCACUUUCAGAUUCAAAUUUCAUUACUGUCCUAUAAUCAAUUUCCUUUUCUUUACAACUCAAAAGGUUGCCAGUUAUGAGUUGUAAAGGUGAAUGUAAAGGUGAACUAUUUCUUCAUGUUUAACAACAGCAAAGGUGUACAGGCUUUUAUUUUGACAGCGUCAUAUGUAUGUCGAUGGUAGGGAGGCGCAACACAGUAGAAGCAAACGUAAAUCUAUUAGAAGUAAAGACGGAGCAAAGGGUAGACUAUUAACAGUUCACAGAGAAGAAGACACAGAAAGUUUGAAGAAUACUUCUGUCUAGCUUCAGUUGAUAAGGGGAACAAGGUUUGUAACUAUAAUUCAGAAUGUUGUUAUGAAAACGGAACGUGUAUGGGUACCUAUAUGAUUGUAUUAGUUGUGAAAAAGGCUACCAGUGUAAUCAAUUAUGCAUUAUGGUUUAGUUUAUGAUGAAAAUGUUUUAUUUAAAAUUUCUCUGUAGUUCAAGGUAAAGUGUUUUAAGAAAACUGCUAAAAAGAAGAUCUUGUUAUUAAGUACACUGGCAGGUAAAUGCAUCUGGUUGGCUCAGUAUCACAUAGUUUCUCUUGUGUUAGAGAUUUUUAUUAUUGUGAGUUCAUAUUUUUAUGCUUUAUUAGGGAAAACACCCUGAUGGCUGUAACGGCAGUAUGAUUUAGAGAAGUGGAGAAACAGUUAAACAUUCCUACAUAUCACCCUGUAUUGAUGAAGCACUACUGUCAAAAUCUUGAUCUAACAGUGUGGAAAUUCCUCAUUAAAUUCCUGUUUUACCACAGAUUUUGGGUCAGCUACUUCUGUUUUAUCUGUUAGGUUAAGUAAAGGGAGCUGCCGUGUUUGUUUUCAGAAUUAGCUCCACCCACAAAGAUUUAUGGGUGAGGUUGACAGAAAGAAAUAUUUAUGAACAGACCAUGAAAUAAUGAAUUCAAUCAUGAAAUAAUUACAUAUGUUUUUUUAAUGAA